AUGGAUUUCGUCAAGUCGUUCCUCCCAGAGGGCAAGGGUGUCCUGCCCUACUACAUGCUCGUCCUCUCCGUCGUCUCUAUUGGCAACUGCUUACAGACAUACUCAACCCUCCACUUCACAAGACGUGUGUACAAUGGGCGCUUCAUCCGAAACACCAGACUGCCUCCCGAAACAGCCGUCUUCAACCCUGAGGACUCGGUCGACAAGCUCGUGUCUGCCCAGAAUGAUCCGAAAGCAACUGAUCAGGUAACCCCGCUGGCAGGUCGACUGUUUGGCACAUGGACCCUCAUCACGUCUAUUGUCCGCUGCUACGCCGCUUACAACUUGCACAUCGGGCCCGUGUACAACAUGGCCUACUGGACGUACAUUGUGGCCUUUGGCCAUUUCGCUAGCGAGAAGUUUAUGUUUAAGAGCAUGACUUUUGGCCUCCCUCAGGUGUUUCCCUUUGCGCUUGCGACUUGUGCCCUGAUUUGGAUGCCUCUUGUUCGUGAUCACUAUGUCGAGAUCAACUAG